CAGAGCCCAUUCCCGCCCCAAUCCAUCACUGCAUUUUCUUUUCCUACCCAACCGGAUUUGAUCGGAGGAAGACGACGACCGCAACUUUGAGCUGCCGAGAUGGGGAAGCAACCCGUUAGGAUGAAGGCCGUGGUCUAUGCUCUUUCACCUUUCCAGCAGAAAGUUAUGACUGGUCUCUGGAAGGAUUUGCCUUCCAAGAUUCACCACAAGAUCUCUGAGAAUUGGAUCAGCGCCACGCUCUUGCUCGGUCCUCUUGUCGGCACCUAUACGUAUGUUCAAAACUACCAGGAAAAGGAGAAGCUGGCUCACAGGUACUGAGGACAUGCAAGAGCGUAUGCGGAUAAUCUCCAUCUUUACCAGAAGACAAUUGAAAUUUUCUUGUGUAACCUGCAAAUAGCCUCAAACUGAUGAAACUAGAUCUAUGGUUGAAAUAUUAUUCUACAAGUUUGGAAUGUUUCGACUCUGAGAGGCCUCAAUAAUUGUUAUCUUCAAGAUGCCUGUAUGCCAUUGCCAUCAAAAUGGUUGUUGAGCUUAAUUUUAUUAAGCUUUUGAUUCAUAAUAAAGACUCAGGCGGUCCCAUAUUUUAUUGCC